CCGCGACUUGACUUCCGUCCGACCCGAGAUACCACCAUGGCUGAAUCAACCAUACCUGCUGAAAAUACCCAGGAUGGGCUCAAUCGCCAAUUCAGCUGGUACAAGUCUGACCUAGAGGAGAUUAAGGAGCCUGCGCGCACCAUACUCGUCGAAUACAGUAAGAUACCGGAAGAGAAGAUUAUUGAACAUGUCAAGGAUGUGAGAGAUCGCGCAUUUGCAGUGUUCCCAUACCCCUGCAUCGGAUCCUUCCGAUUCCUCGACAUCACCAUCUCCAACUCAUCUGCCUACCCGGAGAUCCUAUCCCGGUUGAAAGCCUCCGACACAUACCUUGAUUUGGGAUGUGCAAUGGGCCAAGAUAUCCGAUACCUCAUCUCCCAAGGCGUCCCCCAAUCCCAAAUCUACGGCUCGGACCUCCACUCCGAAUUCAUCUCGCUCGGAUACGACCUCUUCGCCGACCGCGACACCCUCACUUGCCCCUUGAUCAUCAGCGACAUCUUCGACGACAACAGCGAGCUUUUCCAACGUCUUGCAGGAAAGGUGGACAUUAUCAAUGCAGCCUCGUUCUUCCAUCUCUUCGAUUGGGAUGGCCAAGUAGCCACCGCGAAGCAAAUUAUCAAGUUGCUGAAACCUCAGCCCGGGUCUAUUGUGGUCGGUCGACAUGUGGGAGAUAUCCGGGCUGGAGAACGGUCAAAAGAGGAGACGGAGUUGAAGACUGCGCUUUAUCGACAUGAUUUGGAUUCGUGGAGGAGGAUGUGGAAGCAAGUGGAGAUGGAGACGGGGACGCAGUGGGAGGUGGAGGUUACGGCGGAGGAGUGGAAGGAUGUAAAGAACGUUGCGCAUAACGGGGAUACUGCGUUUAAGAUGCAGUUUGUUUUGAGGAGGGUUUGAACCUUUUUGUUUGGGUGUGUGUUCAUGUCAUGAUGGACGGCCUCAGGUGAAAAUUUAUACUUGGGGCGGGAGUUGAGUCGAGCUAGAAACAAGAAAACCUGCGGACAG